GGGUCAUUAUGUCGUCACAUCCGGCCGCGGCGAAGCCGGUGGUUUUCCUCUCGCGCGCGGGGAGGGAAGGAAGGGAGGGAAGAAGAGACGGCUGUGGCUAGGAAGACCGGUUCCCCCGCCCCGCCAUGGCCUCCCUACUCAAGGUGGACCCGGAAGUUAAGAUCAAGGUAGACUCUUUCAGGGAGCGAAUCACAGGUGAAGCUGAAGAUCUAGUAGCUAAUUUUUUCCCAAAGAAGCUUUUAGAACUCGAUGCUUUCCUUAAGGAUCCUAUUCUGAACAUUCAAGAUCUCACCCAAAUCCAUUCAGAUAUGAACCUUCCUGUUCCAGACCCAAUCCUGCUCACAAAUAGUCAUGAUGGACUGGAUGGGCCCAAUCUGAAAAAGAGAAAACUGGAAGACUGUGAUGAGACCUUCCAGGGUACCAAAGUCUUUGUCAUGCCUAACGGGAUGCUGAAGAGCAACCAGCAGCUGGUGGACAUCAUUGAGAAGGUGAAACCUGAGAUCCGGCUGCUGAUUGAGAAAUGCAACACGGUCAAAAUGUGGGUGCAGCUGUUGAUUCCUAGGAUAGAAGAUGGCAACAACUUUGGUGUUUCUAUUCAGGAAGAAACUGUGGCUGAGCUCCGAACUGUGGAGAGCGAGGCAGCUUCAUACUUGGACCAGAUCUCUAGAUAUUACAUCACACGGGCAAAGUUGGUUUCUAAAAUAGCAAAAUAUCCUCAUGUGGAGGAUUACCGUCGCACAGUGACUGAGAUGGAUGAAAAGGAAUACAUCAGUCUGCGGCUCAUUAUUUCAGAGCUGAGAAAUCAAUAUGUGACUCUCCACGACAUGAUCCUAAAGAACAUUGAGAAGAUCAAGCGACCCCGGAGCAGCAAUGCAGAGACUCUCUACUGAGCUAUCAACACUCUGAACUUACAAAUUGUUCAGUAGACUCAAGACAGUCUCUGCCUCAGUUUAUGUGACUAUCAAGAUGGGGAAGCUGGCUGGAAACAGUCCUCACCACCCUUUUAGUUAAAAUUCUAAAGAAACUCUCCUAGCUCUAUCUGGUUGGUUUUUAUUUGGGUCUUGGGAUUUGCCCCUCCCCCCAUCUCCAACACCCGCAAGGUAUGAGUAAGAGCUUGUCUUCCUACUCAGGUGAGAAUAGCAUAGUGGCCAACCUGUACCAGGCAAGAAUCCCCAAUACCAGCAGUCCUGAAUGACCCUGCUAUGUACUUGCCUGGGGGAAUUCUCCCUUCUAAGUAGUUUUCCCCUUGACUAGUCAACAGCAGCAUCACAUCCUGCUGAGAGCUGAUCUGUUGACCAUUAGCUCCACUGUUUCAGUCUUCCCAUAAACAAUGCAGUUUGGUGAACCAAGUGCCCAUCUCAGAUGGCUCUCCACAUCCAUCUUUGUGGCUUAUCCAAUCAUGCAGAUUUGAAUGCCACUCUUAAGCUUUUCCUCCCUGCCCCUACUUCUUCCACUGAGUUUAAUUCAUGGCUCAUUGUUUUGAGUCCAACCUCCUCUUUCCAGGGUUCUACAAGUAAGUUGCUUUCCUCUUGAAAUGGCUCUCAUCAGCCUGAGAAGGAUUACUCACACAACAUAUAAGUGCAAUGGACAUUCUCUAGAUUUUAGAGUUGGCAGGGCAGGCCUGCUUAGACUUGGAUUGGGCAGGGCAAGCCUGGCCAGAUUGAUUUGUCCAACAGCAGCAUGACUAAUAUGCUGAACACCUAAAGUCUUUUUCAUUUAGUUAUUUCUCCCACUCCGAUUAAGAGAGCCUAGCAGUUGUUUCAUCUGGAGGCUCUUUCUGUCAUUCAAGAGAACCCAGGAAAGUAAAACUGGUUCUUUGGCCCCUUGUGGCUUGAAUGAGUCCUGUAAAGGCUUUUUCAAUUUUGCUCUUUUCCAGUUUUCAAGAAAGCAGGAAGGGGGCGCCAACUACCUGGGAUGCUGCAGUUUUCCUUGUGAUUUACUCUUAGUCUUUAUAUUCCUCUUGUGCUGUAGUCUUGUGAGUGGUGUUAGAUUUGUAAGAAUAGUGACAGGGUGAAUCAAGUUUCUUGGCCCCUUCUCCCUUUCCUUGGUUGUUUUUAAAAACCCUCCGCUCUGCCAGCUCUUAAGGGCACACAAAUGUCAUUCUCCCUGGGCUCUAAUGCCAUUGUGUCAUUGUCAUUUGUAGCUGGGCAAGCCUUAGUUGACCUUAGAGUAAAGGUUCUCGAAACAGCUGCCCUUAUGAAUUACCUGCUACUGAAAGCAGCCUCCCCACUCCUUCCUUCUCCUGUGUUUCUCUGUAUCGGCUGCUUUGUUGGAUUGUUCAUAUUUCCUUGCCACAUUGAACGUUAUGUACAACUUUUACUAUGUCAACAAAUUAAAAGUAAUAGGUACUUUGAAUUCA